UUUUUUGGACGAUAAGAAAAAAAUAUUGUGUUUGCUCAAUUCUACGAUAAAUCAGUCAGCAUUACUCAACCACGAGUUGUCACCGGCGAAGCUUAUCUCUUAUCACAUGGAAAUUGUUCGUUCCGUGAACCCCAGGUGAUAUUCCUCGGAAAUCUUCGAGAUAACCAUCGGAAAUUGGGCCAUUUCCAGUUAUCUUUCACCAAACCCCUCCUCUUCGAAUAAACACAACCAUGGCGAACGUCCUGUGGUCCAUCAUUUGGCUCAUCAUUCUGAUAAUCGUCGGAUUUUGGGUUGCGUUCUUCUGCGCUGGGUGGUACGUGCUGGUCUACCCGCUGACCGUUUGCAUACCGGACGUGGCGGUCAUCUCCGAUUUCCUGCUCAAGGGGGCCCAGUUUGCGCACUACUGCGCCAAGAAUCUGGUCGAAGGCAAUGCACUGUUCUAGGAUGGUGUUAGUUUAGAGUAAUUUGUAUCAUUAACCUAUUUAAAAAGAUGUUUGUUUUCAUAUAUUUAACGAGAGUGGUUCAUAUCAAGUGCAAAUUUUGAAGUUCAUUUAAGGAUUCUCGAACUGCAGUACGUACACACCGGAUAAGCUUUAACUCAGAAUAAAAAAUAAAACACAUGCUCUAGUUAUUAAACAAAACA